GACAUCAUUUGUGAUUUGACAGACCCGACAUUAUUUAUUUAUAAAAACAUUCAGGGCAUAAUAAUAUGAAAUUGAGUUCAAAAAAGUGAAAGAACAUAAACUAAAUAGAAACAAUUAGUGUAUAUUAAGCCUAAACCUGGAUAGAAUGGACAAACUUAAUUCCACGCUGGGCGCAGUGAGAUCACUGCGUUCAAGCGUACGCCAAUGCUUUGAGCAGUUGGCUGAUGGUACGAACGCCGAAUUGGCUGAAGACAGCCGAACAAAGUUUCUUCUGAAGUUUCAGGAGAAUUUUAAUAACAUGAAUGCUCAGCUGAGGGAAGUUGAAAGCUUAAUUAAUGGUUUACAAGCUCCACAAACACCAUACUGCCUUGGUCAAACAACUUACCUUGCGCAAGAGACAGCGCCUGAGCGGCAGGCAUUAUAUUCACAACUGGUCAACAGUUACAAAUGGAUCGACAAAGUACAUGACCAUAGUUUUUUGGCUUUUAACAAUUUGAAUCAAAACAAUCUUAGACGGUCAUACGUAUAUUGUUCUCAAAAACGUGUACGUAUACCAUUUACAUCGUGUAAUAAUUUCGAUCCGGAUCACACAGACAAGUUACUAAGCGAAAUAAACCUACCACUUACAAGCUAUCAAGUGUGUCGACCUUUUGGUUCUAAUGUUGUUGUCAUUGUUACAAUUAGUCGGGUGCUCAAAGCUGCGAUCGUGUGCAAGGGUGUGCUUAUUGAAUGGGUUACAGUUAAGGGUUUUGACGAAACACUUGACCCAGACGAUUUAUGGGCUGAAUCGCGUUAUGAAGUCUUCCGAAAAGUUCAAGAGCAUACCCAUAUUGCAAUGUUGCACUUCUUCUCGCCUACACUACCCGACUUGGCCAUAAAGAGCUAUAUGACUUGGCUACACAGUUACAGUAAGUUGUUUUUGGAGGCUUGCAAAAGAUGUGGAAAAUUCGUCUCGAAUGGGCUGCCACCAACUUGGCGUGAUUUGCGUACACUUGAACCAUUUCACGAGGAGUGCCGCAACUGCUGAUAUUUUUAGAAACAAAGUCCAUGAAUGAAUGAAAAAUUAAUAUAUCUUUAUAGGUUUAAAUAAUUUCAAUAUAUAUUUGCAGAAACAAUAAUAAUUAUGCAAAACAUGUACGUAGUCACUCAAGAGCUA